CUCCAUAAAUAUUUUUUUAUGGGGGGAGGUUAAAGAAUAGGUUAUGACGCUUUGAUAUCGCGAGCUCAGUUGUUAAAUGUUCUUGAAGUUGUGUUUUCGCGGUUCUAUAAUAUGUUACAAGAAACUUUAUCUACAUCCAGUUGCCCCAAGGCUCCGGGGAUUGAUGAAUUCGAGAUUGUUAAGCCUAUUAGUAGAGGUGCAUUCGGAAAAGUUUUCCUAGGGUUCAAAAAGUCAAAUCCUGAACAACCAUAUGCCAUUAAAGUUAUGAAAAAAGAAGAAAUGAUCAACAAAAAUAUGACCAUACAAGUCAACAGAGAGCGAAAUGCUCUGGCACUCACAAGAAGUCCCUAUUGUGUACAAUUGUUUUAUUCACUUCAGACUCCGACCUGUGUCUUUCUGGUGAUGGAGUACUUAAUUGGUGGCGAUUUGAAAUCUCUUUUGAGUAUAUCAGGUUUCUUUCCCGAACAUGUAGCUGUUUUCUAUGCAUCAGAAAUUAUUUUAGCAUUAGAAUAUUUACACAGACAUAGCAUCAUUCAUCGAGAUAUAAAGCCUGAUAAUAUGCUCCUGACAUCGAAAGGGCAUGUAAAGCUCACAGAUUUUGGCCUCAGCAAAGUUUCUAUACACCGAGAUUUAGAAAUCGAUGAUCUCGUGAAUGUUUCUCCGGAUUUUAUUACUACAAGGACACCUGGACAGUUACUUUCCCUAACUUCCCAUUUGUCAUUUGGGUCAUGUGAGAGAACCAAGCAGGAAAGUUACCUUGCUUCUUCACCUUCAACCCAUGAGAAGCGUCUUUUUCAUAAGAGAGAUACUAGAAACAUACAGAAUGCAUUCAAAAUAGCUGCCGAACAUGGAUUGGAAGGAGAUACUAAACAAAAUUUGGAUGUUGAAUUAAAUGAAGAGGAAAAUAAGGAAAGCAAGAUUUCUUCAACUUUUUCUGCUAUGGAUUUGGAAAGUGAAGAGUAUGAGUAUCCUGCAAAAAGAUAUUCAUCUCCUAAAAUUCUAUGUAAAUCAGAGAACAUUCAUAAGACAAACGAAUUUCAUUUUGAUGAUGAGGAGUUAACUCCAUGUGAUAAAAAUGUUGAUAAUCAGAACACGAGUGAUGAUACUUUUUACACUUGUCUGGAAUGUUCUAUUACUCCUCCAAAAAAUAAAAAAAAAUCAUCAGCUUUGGAAUUGGAGGAAUGUUUUAGCCAAUCUACUCAUAUUUCACCAGUUAUGAAAAUGCCUAUAUCAAACUCUGGUUUAACUGGUCAUUUUACCCUCCUGGAUAUUGAAAAAAAAUUGACUCAAUCAUCAAGGAAACGGAAGUUCACAGAAGUUGAUAGCUCAGUAAAAACUCCUCUUCGUAGUGCCCUAAAGAAAAGGGGCGAUUCAUUUGAAUAUGAAAUGCCACAAGUUAUGGUAUCAACUCCCAUUUCGGCUUUGGAGGGCUCGGGAGCACAUCCCGUUGUUAAGAAAACAAGAUUUGAGUUGCCAGCUAAAGUAGUAGAAGACAUCAUGGAUGAGUGUGAUGAAAUGAGUCCCAUUCACACACCAAACUAUAGUGAUGUCGUAAUGAAAACACCCCAUAGAACACCAAAGUCCGUCAAAGGAAAACCAUAUACAUCCAGUAGUAAUACAGUUGUUGGAACUCCAGAUUAUUUGGCACCUGAAUUAUUGUUAAGUACACAACAUGGCUUUGAAGUUGAUUGGUGGUCAUUAGGUAUAUGUUUAUAUGAAUUUAUGACUGGUGUUCUACCAUUUCAUGAUACAACUCCUGAAGCUGUUUUUCAUAACAUCUUAAACCAAGAUUUAGAAUGGCCUGAAGGAGAGGAAUCCCUUUCUGUUGAAGCAGUUGAGGCUAUUCAACAGUUGCUGACCAGAGAUCCCACUGUACGUCCUAAAGGGGACGAAGUAAAAAAAUUUAAACUGUUUAGUGAAGUUAACUGGAAAGAUUUACACAACUCCACUGCUCCAUUUAUUCCUCAGCCCGAUAGUAUCGUUGAUACUUCUUAUUUCACCGCCAGAAAUACCCUGCAGAACAUACAAAUGUCUGGCUUUGACUUGUAAUGGCCGGUUGAAAUAUGAUUAACCAUAUUUACCAUUAAACUGUGAUUACCAUAAAAAUAAUUCUGUUCAUACAUGUGUGUUUUAUACA